AAAAUGUGUGCGCAUGCGGAUUACAAAAUGAAACACUUUAUGCAACAUUUACUUUGCUGUCUCCCGUCGAUUUGUUCGUAAUCUAAGCUUUGUUGUUACUAUUAAUAAGUGCAACAUUUUCCCAGCUCACACACAAGGUUUGUAAAUAAAAGUGAAACGGGCCAACAGGUAAAGUUAUUUGAUUUUUGAUGGACUAUGUCCUGUCAUGUCAUCAUUUCUGGCGUUACAACUUCUCUUGACAUUUGGAUUAGUGAUUGUUGCUAAUGAAGCUAAUGGAUUUCAUGAAGAACAGGAUCCUGAGCCUCCAGACUGGAGAAAGACUUUAAAAACCAUCCGGAACGGGAUACACGGGAUAGACAAAUACCUUAAUUUGGCUAUGGACAUGAUCGGAGGUUCAGAUGGACAGUGUCGAUACACGUGUAGUGAUGGGUACAUACCAAUUCCUCGCCCUAACUACAAGCCACCUCCACCCAAUGGAUGUGGUUCACCAGUAUUUGGAUUUCAGUUUGAUAUUGGUAUCCCAUCUAUGACCAGAUGUUGCAAUGAGCACGAUAACUGCUAUGAUACUUGUGGGAAAGAAAAAAAAUACUGUGAUAACCAAUUCCAAGUCUGCCUUGAGUCUAUCUGUAGGAAUUUCCAAAAAACACUAGGCUUGUCUCAGGGUGUACAAGCCUGUGAAUCAGCAGUGACUUUGCUCUUUGAUGCUGUCAUGCACUUGGGAUGUAAACCUUACCUGGAUAGCCAAAGAACAUCUUGCAUUUGUCACUAUGAGGAGAAGCCUGAUCUGUGAACAGUAAACAAUAAUCAUGAAGUCUGCUUGUUAUUGUCUUAAGAUACUGCAGUGCUGAAUAAAAUACUAUUUAAAUAAAUUGUGUGUUUUUUUG